AUGGACUUUGAAGCGCUGUUCCCGCCGCUCGUGCCACAUGACGAUGACGACCUGAGCUCCGUCGACAUCAAUGUGCAGGACAUCCUGCUUCCUCCACUGGAAAAGGCCGUCGACAGUGGCAUCUACCGCGCUUUGCGGCGCUGGAACGAAGCUGACUCGGCGCUAACGGAUAAAGCGCUGCCCUAUUCCGAGCGUGUGAAGAAAUACCAGCGAAUCGCUGCGCUUGCGUUGCAACCAGACGGAGGACUGAAUAGUACUGAAGACGAAGCACUGGAAGCAGAAGAUCGAACCGGUACAGAGUCUGAAGACGAGCAGGUGGGAGCAGCUGAUCGAGCUGCCGUAGUGGCCAAGCAAAAGGCUGUUACGGCGGCCUUGACGCGGCAGAAGAGGGAGCGGACGAGACGGCAAAAGGAAGGGGAGGACGAGCGCGUGCGGUUCGAUGCUGUGUUCAAAGAGCUGGCAGACAUUGACGAGCUGCGAGCGGAGCGAGUGCCGAGGGAGCGACUGCAGACGUUUGUCCGUACAUUCCAAGUCAAGAAGCGACGACUGGCGCAGAAGCGGUCGAGUGUCGAUACAGUGACGGCCAUGAGCUUUGAGUUUGCACGGCCAGUGCCGGAUGUGCAUGAGCACGAGCUGGACGAGACGGAGGAGCCAAAGAAGAAGAAAGUCGAAGCUACGGACACGGACGUGGACAGGGACUUGAUUCUGUGGGUUGACGUGCUGCAUCCGAGUAAAGACCCGGCCAAGACGCAGUCGUUCCUUGUGCGACGGUCGCAACGGAUCUCGGAGCUCGUCGAUCUUGUUGCGUGUGCUUAUGACGAACGGCUGGGUGAGCAUGCGAAAGCGUCGAAGCUCUUGUACUUCGGCCAGAAGUUUUUCGUCGAUCGACGGCUGCCAGGGACGCUGGAUUACUCAAAGCAGAUUAUUCGCUGGAUCCAGGCGAAACCGAAGCGCCAGGCGAAGUUUGGCACGUUUCCUGAUAGUGAUCGAGUGGCUGGCAGCCUUCACACGUCGACUUUUGCUGACCUUGCACUGCACAUUGACGUACCAGGGGUGUAUAUCCAUCAGGGAGAGUGUGAACACUUGUUGAGGCUGCGAGAUGCCCGUUUGCCGCAUGAACUUGACUCGCCAACAAAGGAUGGCAUGUUUCCGAUGCGAUUGCCCAAUGUCUUGAACCACGCACUUCGCAACUGCUUGAUUUGCCAGCAUUACAGCGCCAAGUUUGUGUGCUACGGUGACCGUCUCGCAGUAGUGGAUCCCAUGUUCUUUUGCGACCGCUGCUAUCGCGCUGCCCAUUACGACGCCGAUGGAAACCUGCUCUACGACGACUUUUUGAGCUUCCCCUUUGUUCAAGACUAG